CGAGGGUAUCUCGGGGGCGGGGCGGAAGCCGCGUCUUAAGCCGAGUGACGCGGCGCGGCCGAGUCGUCGCUGCCCGCCCCGCCGCCCCCGGAGCCGCCGCCAGUCCCAGGAAGAACCCAGGCCUCACCCACCUCCUUCUGUGACUUCUUAAGGCGCCAGGAUGCUCUCCAAGCUCGCACGUGUGCCCGCGGCGGCUCUGCUGCGCCGUGGGAUCCACUCGUCGGUGACCAACGCCACGUCUGUCGCCACGAAGAAGAAAGACCAGGGCCCCCCGGCCUCUGACUACAUCUUUGAGCGGGAGGCCAAGUACGGGGCCCACAACUACCACCCUCUGCCCGUGGCGCUGGAGAAAGGAAAAGGCAUUUACGUCUGGGAUGUAGAAGGAAGAAAAUAUUUCGACUUCCUGAGUGCCUACAGCGCCGUCAACCAAGGCCACUGUCACCCCAAGAUCGUCAGCGCCCUGAAGAGCCAGGCGGAGAAGCUGACCCUGACGUCCAGGGCCUUCUACAACGACGUGCUGGGCGAGUACGAGGAGUACGUCACCAAGCUCUUCAACUACCACAAAGUCCUGCCCAUGAACACAGGGGUGGAGGCGGGUGAGACGGCUUGCAAGCUUGCGCGGCGCUGGGGCUACACCGUCAAGGGCAUCCCCAAGUACAAGGCCAAGAUUGUGUUUGCAGCCGGCAACUUCUGGGGCAGGACGAUGUCGGCCAUCUCCAGCUCCACAGACCCGUCCAGCUACGAGGGGUUUGGCCCGUUCAUGCCAGGAUUCGAGCUCGUGCCCUAUAAUGACCUGCCCGCCCUUGAGCGCGCCUUCCAGGACCCCAACGUGGCUGCGUUCAUGGUGGAGCCCAUCCAGGGCGAGGCGGGCGUCGUCGUCCCGGACCCGGGCUACCUGAUGGGCGUCCGUGAGCUCUGCACCCGGCACCAGGUCCUGUUCAUUGCCGACGAGAUACAGACGGGUCUCGCCAGAACGGGCCGGUGGCUGGCCGUGGACCACGAGAACGUCCGGCCCGACAUGGUCCUCCUGGGCAAGGCGCUCUCGGGAGGCCUGUACCCUGUGUCCGCGGUGCUGUGUGACGACGACAUCAUGCUGACCAUCAAGCCGGGCGAGCACGGGUCCACGUAUGGCGGCAACCCGCUGGGCUGCCGGGUGGCCAUCGCCUCCCUCGAGGUGCUGGAGGAGGAGAACCUGGCGGAGAACGCGGAGAACAUGGGCGCCAUCCUGCGGAAGGAGCUCAUGAAGCUGCCGUCGGACAUCGUGACGGCCGUGCGCGGGAAGGGGCUGCUCAACGCCAUCGUCAUCCGCGAGACCAAGGACUACGACGCCUGGAAGGUGUGCCUGCGUCUCCGGGACAACGGCCUCCUGGCCAAGCCCACCCACGGCGACAUCAUCCGGCUGGCGCCCCCGCUCGUGAUCAAGGAGGAUGAGAUCCGGGAGUCGGUGGAGAUCAUCAACAAGACCAUCUUGUCCUUCUGAGCAGAGCCGGGCGGCGGGGCCCCUGGCGUCGGCCGACCCGCCUUCCCGCCUGGGGGCCGCACCCACUCCCUGAGUCCUCCCGGAGGUUCGGAAACCUGCCUGUUUCAGUUCCCGCCAAGUAGAAUGCCUUUCCCAAAGCUGUAGCGCCGUGACGGGGCCGGGGGGCCGGCUGGCGGCUCACCUCUGCUGCUGGGGGCCUCGGGGGGCGCGGACUCCCCACUCCAGCCCUGGCCGGCGGGGCGGCUCCUCUGAGUUCGACGUGAAUGCGCCCAUCGUCUGGAUGGCCUUUCAAGCAGGACCUGCAGUAGCGUUUCUGUGUUGUUUUUUUCCUCAUCUCCUUGCUGGUGUGUUUCGUAUUUGAAAGGCCGGACGGGUCCGCACGUAGGCGACUUGCUUUAAUUUUAGAAGCGAAUCAGUCCCUGAAUUUCGGGAAGAAUUAGCCGCUGAUCUGAAGUAGAAAUUACUAGAUUCAAGUGAACUUGAUAUUGGCCGACGUGAUCUAUUCUGGCUGUCACUAUAUGAAGAAUACUUAAAAUUGGCAAGUGAUGUUUAAGAAUUUGAAUACAAUUUAUAAACGGUUUAUUUUCCAUGUUUCUUUAAAUUAAAGUUAAAACUAUUUAAAACUUAA